AUGACAACCACUUUUCUCAAUCAAACCGAACAAACUACCACGACUCCUUCGAGUGAAAGACCACUUGCGUAUGUCAAAGGUGAAGCUGAAUUCUGUGGCCUGAAAUUCAAGGUAUCAGAGAAAUGCUUGAUUCCUCGUGAACGUUCAAAGGUCCUGGUGAAUGCCGCUGAGGAAAUUCUUUUGGAGGAAAUCAUAAAGAACCCUGCCAAAACGCAACGUGUCCUGGAUAUUGGCACUGGAUCCGGCAAUUUGCUCUUGUCGCUCAUGCAUCGUAUUCAAAACAUCCAUGGACGACCCAAAUCGGUGGAAGGUGUUGGCAUCGAUAUCAGCCAAGAUGCCGUUGAGGUUGCACGUGAGAAUCAAGCAUGGCUCAAUGUUGUCAAUGCUGAAUUUUUCGCAUGCGACAUGGCUUUAUUGGAUAGUCGCCAUAUUGGGCUGUUCGAUCUCGUCUUGGCUAAUCCUCCAUACACGGUCAACAACAAGCCUGAAACACAAUUGCAUGAACCUGCCGUGGCCAUGUUUACGGGUGAUGAAGGAUUUGAAUGUUAUGGUAUCAUCAACGCGGUGGCUCCCAAGUUAAUGCAUCCACACGCCAAGUUGGUCAUCGAAUUUGGUCGCGGUAUGGUGAACCGUAUCAAGGCAAUCAUGACUCAGUGGAAGGUGGUUGCUACGUACCAGGAUCAAGAAGGCUACGAUCGUUGGUUGGUGUUGGAACAAUUGUAG